UUUUUUUUUUUUUUUCUUUCAUCUUUCUUUCCUCCUGUCUCUUCUAUCCAUUCCAUUUCAAGCUGUCUUUCUUUCCCUCAAGUGUUAAAUUCAUGGUGUACUGACCUAUCACGACUCCACAACCAAUUGACCAGCCUUCCUCACUCCACCACACUUAAAUAGCUCGAGUUCGGUUUUAAACGAAUAAGUGCUUUCAUGAUUUGAACAUGCGGUUCGGGAAAACUUUGCGAAAAGCUGUCUACCCUCCGUGGAAGGGCAACUACAUCGACUACCACAAGCUCAAGGUCCUUCUAAGAGAAGAUGAUGUCACCGGAGAUGCCAGUGACUCGGAAAGCAUCCCGUGGACCGAACAAGAUGAGGAGGCUUUCGUCCAGGAAUUGAUCAACGUCCAACUCGACAAGGUCAAUGCCUUUCAAGUCGCCAAGGUGCAGCAGCUAAAAGAGCGUACAUCGGCGUGUGAGGAAAAACUGCGACCGUUGGCGCCGACGCCCGACCAGAAGUCUUCCGGUGUCGAGGACGAAGGGGAAAGAAAAUCCAUUGCCUCCGGGGUCAUCCAGGAGCUGGAUAGCAUCACCAAGGAGGUGAGUGAGCUUGAAAAAUACAGUCGCAUCAACUUCACCGGUUUCCUCAAAUCUGCCAAAAAACAUGACCGCAAGCGUGGAGCUCGGUACCGCGUGAAACCGUUGCUCCAAGUGCGCUUGUCGCAGCUGCCGUUCAACUCGGAAGACUAUUCGCCCUUGGUCCGCAGGCUGUCGGUGCUGUAUUCCUUUGUCCGUGAGAUCCUCAGCCAGGGCGUUGUGGAGCCGAGGGAACCGUCGGAACCCUGGUUUGGCCAGGACGCAUACUCCUCCUUCAAAUUCUGGGUCCAUCCGGAUAAUCUUCUCGAAGUCAAAACCUAUAUCUUACGGCGGCUGCCGGUCCUGAUUUACAACCCAGGCACGUCCAAGGAUCUGGAGACCGUCGCCGACGACCCCACGAUUACCUCCCUGUAUUUCGAUAACCCGCAGUUUGAUCUCUACAACCAAAAAGUGGCCCGGGCGCCGGAUGCCGGGUCCCUGAGGGUACGUUGGACAGGCCACCUGAACGAGAAACCCGCAAUCUUCCUGGAGAAGAAAGUCGCCACAGACGACAAUCACAGCAGGGACGUGAAAGUGCAACUGAAGGACAAACACGUGAAGGAAUUCCUCGACGGCGAAUACCAAUUCGACAAGAAGAUCCAUCGGAUGGAGGACAGGGGCAGCGGGGAGUCCGAACAGGUCGGACCUUUCAAGCACGAUGUGAGCGAGCUGCAGUCCUUUAUCAAGGAGCACAACCUGCAGCCCAUGAUGCGGGCCAACUAUACCCGGACAGCUUUCCAAAUCCCGGGAGACGAUCGGAUCCGCAUCUCUCUCGACACCAACUUGGCAUUGAUUCGGGAGGACUCGCUGGACCAAGAGCGGCCGUGUCGCGAUCCCAGCCAAUGGCAUCGCAGGGAUAUCGAUGAUGUGGGCAUGGAAUACCCGUUUAGCUCCAUCAAAACGGGCGAGAUCGCGCGAUUCCCAUAUGCACUGCUGGAGAUCAAGCUCCGCGGGAGCUCUGCUCACAACGCCGAGUGGGUCCAAGACCUGAUGUUCUCGCAUCUGGUCAAGGAAGCGCCUCGCUUUUCGAAAUUCGUCCACGGUGUUGCUCAACUGUUUGAAGACUACGUGAACAGCUUUCCCUUCUGGCUGGGCGAACUGGAGAGCGACAUCCGGCGGGAUCCCGAGACCGCAUUCCACGAGGAACAAGAGCGCCUUGCGAAGCGUGCAGCAGACAAUAUGGCUAUGGGUAGCUUCCUGGGGAAGGGCAGUCCACCCGUUCGACCCAUGCUGGGGUCGUCCAUCCCCCGAUUACUCUCGGACACCGGCUCUCCGAUGAUGUCACGUAGACCGACACAGGUUCUCUCCCCAUCCGCUAGACCGUCACUGUCGGGGCCCGCGGAACGUCCCAAGAUGCUCGGACCAACCGACGAGCAAGAGCCAGCCUCGCUCUCCCGGAUAACCUCUUACUUCCCGUCACUCCCCACGUCCCGCGUCAACCGCGCCAAUCAGGCCGACGCUGUGCUGCCACCCGGGGUCCGGGAUCCGGGUACAUGGAUCAAGGACUCGGGGCCGGUCCGCGUGGAGUCUAAAGUGUGGCUGGCGAACCAGCGGACAUUCAUCAAGUGGCUGCACAUCAGCAUUCUUCUAUCCACCCUAUCUCUCGGCCUUUACAACGCAGCCGGAGAGCACAACGAUAUCGCGCGCGCCUUGUCUAUCGUCUACACGGUAUUUGCCAUUUUCGCAGCCGCCUGGGGCUGGUUCAUGUACGAGAAACGGUCCCGACUCAUUCGAGCGCGCAGCGGACGUGAUCUGGACAACACGUUCGGGCCGAUCGUGGUGUGCAUUGGACUGGCGGUGGCGCUAGUCCUGAACUUUGUUUUCAAGUACAGUUCCACACUCGAAAAGCUUCGCGGAAAGCAGCCUGGCGCGGAUAUGCCGCAACUUGUCGUGCAGGGUGAUCAUCUCUGAUCUCCCUCUCCCCCCUUUUAUAACUGUAUCAUUCCGGACCGAACAGUAAAGCAGUAUAUUAUUGAUAGGGUCUGUAAAAGUGGCAAAUGUUAUUACAAGCAUGAUUUCUCGGCGUUGUCUUUACUUUGGUACAACCAUGCAUAAUAUGAAUAUGAGUAUGAUAGCAAGACGG